AUGUUCACAUAUUCAGCGGAGAUCAACCGAGAGGGCCAGUACAUCUUUGUGCAGGGCGGCAUUGGCCUGCUGCGCAACGUGGACGAAACAGCUGAAGGUCUCGAUUUUGUCGCUGAUUUGCAAGUUUACUCUCGUACUCGCAUUAUAACAAACUUCAUUCCACAGCUAGAGGCCGUCUCCGGCAUUCGCCGCGUCGUCAGCGUCUCGACAGGCACCAGCGAGGGCGAGAUUGACUUUGACGACUUUCAACUACUGAACGGUGGCGGCAUAGGCAAGCAACGUGCGCACAACAGCUCCAUCAUCUCCCUGGCUAACAUCUACUUUGUUGAAAAUUCACCCAUUAUUUCAUUUGUUCAUGAUUACCCGGGGCAUGUCAAGUCGGGCAUCUCCCGAGGCACGACAGGCGUUCUCAAGGCCGCGUUUCUCGUCAUCAAUGCUCUAGGGUCGUUGCUUUUCUUCAAGCCCGAGCAGGAGAGCGGCGCUCAACAUCUCUACUAUCUCACGAGUGCGUGCUACAAGGCCAAGGAAGGCGUCGAGGAAUCAGUACCCCUAGGGGAGGGCGUCGCGACGGCCAGAGGCGUCGACGGCGUGUCCGGAAGCGGUGUCUACUCUUGCGACGCCGACAACGAGGAGGCGUCUGACAAGGUUGAGAAGGUCUAG